UGGGUGUAAACUAUUUAUUCCGUUUUUGUGAGGCUGCUUCGGAGGCUCUCUGGAUAUCGACAGCUACUAUGGUGACUAAUCUUCCUGCAACAAAGUCCACCAACACAACGACGUCGUUACAGGAGAAACGACACCGUUCUAUCUUCGAAGUUCCACCGAACUUCUUCGAUUGUUGUCGCCUUCUCCCUUCUCCUCACUCAUCCGUUUCCGACCACUACAGCGUAUCCAGAACCCAAACCCUCGAACCAUCCUCAAACGACGACGUCGUUUUGGAUGCCCCUCAAAACGCGGUCGUUUCCGCGCCUAGGUGGACCUGCAAUACCUGCAAGACUCAAUUCGAUUCCCUUCAGGACCAGCGUUCCCAUUUCAAAUCCGACAUUCAUCGAUUCAACGUGAAGCUGACAAUUGCUGGAAAGAAUAUUGUGAAGGAAGAAGAUUUUGAGGUUCUGACAUCUGAAUUUGUCAAAGACUAUGAUGUGUCAAGUAUAUCAGGAUCAGAAAUUGACGAUGAUAGUGAAACUGAGUCUCAGAGUCAAAGUGUAUUGUGUGACAAAUCUAGCAAAAGUUUUAAACCGAAACUAUUCUUCCGUCUUCAGACAGGGCAGAGAGUUUCUGUCUGGAAGUGUUUGAUUAUGAAUGUGACUGAAAAUGUAUUGUAUGAUAAUGAAACGGCUGAGAAUCAAGUGGUUGAGAAGUUGAAAUCUUUGACUGCUGAGCCCAGAGACAAUACCUAUUUGAGGAUUGUUCUGCUUGCGUCUGGUGGGCACUUCGCAGGUUGUGUCUUUGACGGUGAUGCUGUUGUGGCUCACAAGACAUUUCACAGAUAUGUUGUAAGGGCGAAGGCAGGAAAAAAACAAUCAUCUAAAGAUGCUUCUGGCAGGGCUGCUCAUUCUGCUGGGGCUUCACUUCGUCGAUAUAAUGAAAUUGCAUUGAAGAAGGAAGUUCAUGAACUGUUCACUGAUUGGAAACCUUAUUUUGAUGCUUCCAAUUGCAUUUUUAUACAUGCACCUUCAAGUAGUCGUCAACUGCUUUAUGAUGGAGAGAGAUCGUACUUUACCAAUCAGCAGUGUGCUAUUAGAAAUAUUGCUUUGACUGUUCGGAGGCCUACUUUCAGGGAAGCAAAGCGGGUAUAUAGCCAGUUGAUCCAGGUAACCUAUGAAGCAGAUGAAAAGGAAGUUUUGCAAAGCAACCAAGAGGAUUCAGUAUCAAUUCACAUUUCUAAAAUAAAUGUCAGUCCAACCUCCAGCAAGGGGGACAUGGCUGAGUUGGAUGACAAAGAUAAAGCUGAAGCUUUUUCAAGUAAACAAAAUGAUGAACUCCCAAUUUCAAGUAAUGGAGAAAGUGAGGAUGAUCUAUCUUGUAAAUCAACUCCUUUACAUCAGGCAGCACAAUCGGAUGACUCUCUAAAGGUUUUAGAGUUCUUGGAACAGGGCUUGGAUCCCUGCAUCAAAGAUGAAAGGGGGAGGACCCCAUAUAUGUUGGCACAUGACAAAGAAGUGAGGAAUACUUUCAGAAGGUUUAUGGCGUCAAAUCUUGACAAAUGGGAUUGGCAAGCUGCAAAAGUGCCCAGUGCAUUGACCAAAGAAAUGGAAGAAUCACAAGCUGCUAAGCAGGCAGAAAAAGAUGCUAAGAGAAAAGCUAGAGCAAAAGAAUUAAAGAAAUUGCGUAAAGCAAAAGAAAAGAAGGCUCAGGUUGAAGCCACCUUGCCUAAGAAUGAUUCGAAAACUAUAGAGAAGCAAGUAACUGCUUCAACAUCGGUUAAGGGACAAUCUCAACUAAAAAGUGGUGUGCAAUUAUCCAAAGAGGACCAAAUAAGAAUGGCACAGGCUGCUGAAAGAGAAAAGAGAGCAGCUGCUGCCGAGAAGAGAAUAGCUGCCCUCAAAAUUCAAGCUAAUAGUGCAACCACUGCACCAACCAUGUCAGAACCUAAAAGUGGAUUAGCCGGUGACAUUUACUGUUCCUGUUGUAAUUCAUCACUUGCUGGUAAAGUUCCCUUCCACCGGUAUAAUUACAAAUACUGCAGCACAUCAUGCAUGCAUGUACACAGGGAGAUCCUAGAAGACCAAUGACAAUGUGUUUAGAUAUUUAAAAUUUUCUUUUGUGCAAGUCAAGCUUGCUCCGAAUAUCCAUUGUUUUUUAUUUGGUAUCAAGUAAUUUUGGGUUGAGAAAGGGAAAGAAAUAAGGAGGCGUGGGGAGCAGCCAUGGUAGAAGGACUGGAAUGGUAAAUAACAUGAGCUGAUGAUGUUCAAAGGUACGAGAAAUUGUUUUCCAAACAACAUUGAUACAGCUAGAGUCAUAACAGCUAUCUUAAGAGCGUUCCCACACUUUGUGCCGUGCCAAACAUGCACAUAGCAAAUGGCCAAGUGCACUUGACAUUUAUCUUGUAUCAUCUGAUUUUAUUUUUCCCUGUGUGGGUUUCUGUAGGAAGUCUAGUCUCUUUGACGAUAUUUUACUAGGCAUCGGGCCUCAAAGUAUCGUGAAUCCUCUGGUCUUAGGCAGCAUGUAUUGCCUGUUUUAAACCAGAUCAGGGAGGUUGAUUCGUUGAGGACUUGAGGUGUAUUUCAUACACUAGUAAUUAAUGGUUAAUAUUUAGCAAUGUAUGUCACUUUAAAUAUAAAUACUAAAAAAAUCAUUUGCUAUAGCAUUAUUCCUAAGUAACAAAUUUUUAACUUGUAA